ACCCCCACCUCUCCCUCCCUCUUAAACUUCUGCCUUUAUUUCCAGUCCUCACUCCCAAUCUCCCCAAACCGCCAACCAAAAAAUAAGACCGAGAAUAAAAAUAAGUAAAAUGCUCUCCUUCCUGGCAAACCCACCCAAACGCACGCACACCGCCAGCCUCGACCCCCUCCCUCUCGUCGGGCACUACAGCUCCUCCUUCCCUAUCCCCUCGAAACCCUCCAUCAUCGCCAACCGCCAACUCCUACCACCAUAUUCAGGACCAAGCACCUUCGGCACACCACCGUACCACUACCACCUCCGCCAAUACAAGACCUUCACUGUGGAGUCUGGCAACCUACUCGUCACGGUUGACUCGGAGAAGACCGUGGUCAAGACUGGCGAGAGCGUGACCGUGCAACCGGGGCAGUAUCAUACCUUCCGCAACGCGAGCGAGAGCGAGGACUUGCAGAUUCUGAUCGAGUUGCCGAGGUUGGAUGGGAAUGUUGGCAUGUUCGAGGAGAAGUUUUUGAGGAACAGCUUCAGUUAUGGUUUGGAUUGCAAGAGGGAUGGGAACGUGGGGGAGCCUAGUCCUUGGCAGAUGAUGUUGUUUCUGUGGGAUGCGGGGACCUUCUUGGCGUUUCCGAUUAAGGGCGUCCCCAAGAUAAUCCAGAAAGGAAUAUCCUGGGUCGUGAUGUUUGUUGGCGGCGUUGUGAUUGGGGAACGCUUACUGGGGUAUAAGAGGACGUAUCCAGAGUAUUACAACGAGCCUUCGCGGGUUGAAGAGCUCGCUAAGGACGAGGGUGAUGGGGCGAAGGCCGAGAAGGAAGACUGAGCCCUGCUUUGCUUUUCCUUUUUGUAUUAACCUUUCUGCCCAGCGACGGGGAGAGCGCAAGAUUCCAUUCCAGUACAUAAUUUUCUUACACCCUUCCCCUUACUUCUCGCUAUCCCCCUGAUCAAAUCAAUACCCCUUCCAAGCA